GUCUCUGUAGCGCUUCACUCAUUUUGGCGCGCGCGUGUUUCGUUCUUGGUCAGUCACGGCGCGCGUGAACUCCAAAGUAUUACGCAAGAACUCUUUGUACCUGGUGUUCACUCAGUGCUCACCGUCGUGGCGUAAUGACGUCAUUGUCGCUGUCGGUCCCGGAGCGGCGCGCGGCGCGGAUCGUGUUCCUGGGCGCUGCGGGAGUGGGAAAGACGGCGCUGAUCGCGCGCUUCCUGCACGACCGCUUCGAGCCGCGGCACGCGCGCACCGUGGAGGAGCUGCACGCGCUCGAGUGCGACCUGGACGGCGACGCGCAGCUUCGCCUGGAAAUGCUGGACACAAGCGGCAGCUACGCGUUCCCGGCCAUGCGCGCGCUGCGCAUUCGCACCGGCGACGCCUUUGCGCUCGUGUACUCGGCGCGCGAUCGCGGCUCGCUCGAGGAGGCGCGGCGCCUGCGCGACGAGAUCCUUGAGAUCAAGGGCGACGCGUUCGACGCCAUCACCGUGGUGGAGAGCAAGUCGGACCUGGCGAACCGGAGCCGCGCCGAGAACGCGCGUGCCAUGCGCGCCGUGGAGCUGGAGUGGCGCGCGGGGUUUGUGAGCGCGUCCGCGCUCACCGGCGAGAAUGUCGCCGCGGUGUUCCGAGAACUGCUCGCGCGAGCCGACCUGCCCAGUCGCGUGAGCCCGGCGCUGCGCAGGCGCAGACAGAUGUACUCGAGAAACUGUGGCGAUGAGAAAACAAAAAUGAGAAAAAACAACAGCUGCAUUCUGUCUUAGACCAAAACCUUCAGCAUUAAACUGCAAUAAACACCACACUGACUCACUUCCGGUGUUGCAGCCUUUAUUCUGACCUCUGACCUUCCGAAACCACUGGGUUUUGGACCUUUAUGUGCCAGUGUUACAGAACUGUUUACACAGUCAUGUGGAAGUUUGAAGAAAUAAACAGUAAAUAAUGUGAAAGUGAAAUGUUGUGUUUCGGUGGAGGAAUAAACACUUUUAUACCUUU